GUAACAUUACUAAACUUCAUGAUCACGAAACAAGGACUUCAGGAUCAAUUGCUAGGGAUUGUUGUUGCUAAAGAACGACCUCAGUUAGAAGAAAAGAAAAAUGAACUAAUUGUAGAAAGUGCUAAUAAUAAUAAACUACUUAAGGAAAUUGAAGACAAGAUAUUACACGUUCUCUCAUCCUCUGAGGGAAAUAUUUUGGAGGAUGAAUCAGCAAUAAAAGUUUUAUCUUCAUCAAAAUCACUAUCAGCUGAUAUUGAAUUGAAGCAAGAAAUUGCUAUUGUAACUGAAAAGGAAAUUGAUGUAGCUCGUGAUGUUUAUAUUCCUGUAUCUAAUCACUCUUCAGUUUUAUUUUUCUGUAUCACUGAUCUAAAUAACAUAGAUCCAAUGUACCAAUAUUCAUUAUCUUGGUUUAUAAACUUGUAUUAUCAGUCAAUCGUACAAAGUGAAAAAUCGAAUGACAUUAACGAACGAAUAAAUAUAUUGAAUGAUUAUUUCACUUAUAACAUUUACCGAAAUGUGUGUAGAUCUUUAUUUCAAAAAGAUAAAUUGAUUUUUUCAUUUAUUCUAACAAUUGGAAUUUUUCGGUCUAAGGGUCUGCUAGAUGAUGAAUUAUUUACAUUAUUCCUUACUGAAGAAACUGAGAUAAUUAAUGAACACCCCAAUCCAGCUUCUAAAUGGUUAAGUGAUAAAUCAUGGGCCAAAAUUGUUCAAGCAUCCCAAUUGCCAAGUUUAAAUCAAUUCUACAAAUCAAUUAUUAAUUCAAAUGAUGAGUGGAGAAUAUGGUAUGAUUCAAAUAAUCCACAAGACACGCCUAUUCCAGAGCCUUUUGGGAAUAUCGACGGCCUUGAAAAACUUGUAAUUAUAAAAUGUAUUCGUUUCGACAAAGUGAUUCCAGCUAUUCAACAAUAUAUUGUAAGUAGUAUGGGACAGAAAUAUGUCGAACCACCAUCGUUUGACUUAGCGGACUCAUAUAAAGACUCAACAUGUUGUAGUCCAUUGAUUUUUAUAUUAUCAACUGGGACAGAUCCAAUGUUGAGUUUGAUAAAAUUUUCAGAAGAGAAAAAUAUUAAUCCAACUGAUUUAUUAUCCAUAUCACUUGGUCAAGGACAAGGUCCAAUAGCUUCUAAUAUGAUAAAAUCAGGAAUAGAAACAGGUAAAUGGGUUGUGUUACAAAACUGUCAUUUAGCUGUUAGCUGGAUGAAAGAACUUGAUCGCAUUUGUGAUGAAGAUAUUAUACCCAGUCACACACAUCAAUCGUUCCGUCUCUGGCUUACAAGUUAUCCAUCUGAUGAUUUCCCUGUAUCUGUACUACAGAAUGGAAUUAAAAUGAUAAACGAAGCUCCAAAAGGUCUUAGUGCAAAUUUACUGCGUUCAUAUACAACUUACCCUAUUAAUGAUCCAGAUUUCUACCUCAAUUGUAAGAAUCAUUCGGGUUUGAAAACAUUACUAUUUUCACUAUGUUUUUUCCACGGAAUUAUUCAAGAACGUCGAAAGUUUGGAUCACUUGGUUGGAAUAUUCCCUAUGAAUUCAACGACUCGGAUUUUCAAAUCAGCGUGAUGCAGUUAACUAUGUUUUUAAACGAUUAUGAUGAAAUUCCAUACGAAGCAUUACUUCAUUUAUUUGGUGAAUGUAAUUAUGGUGGUCGAGUGACAGACGAUAAUGAUAGACGUUUAUUGAAAUCUCUAUUGUCAAUUUAUUUCAACUCAAAUGUUACUAAUAAUUAUCCAUAUACAUUUUCUGAGAGUGAACUGUUUUAUAUACCCCAAGACACUUCUCUUAAUGGGUGUUUAGAAUAUAUUAAAUCUUUACCCAUGAAUCCACAACCGGAUAUAUUUGGACUCCAUCAAAAUGCUGAUAUAACAAAAAAUAAUUAUGAAACUAAUUUGUUCCUAUAUGGUACCAUUUUGACUCAAUCUCAAAUUACUACGGGAGGUGGCGAUAAAGAUACGAACUCAAAAACAGCAGAGCUAGCUCAUAAUAUUGAAAAAAAUAUACCAGAUUUAUUUGACUUAAUUGAAGUAACAAAAAAAUAUCCAACAAAGUAUGAACAAUCGAUGAAUACUGUUCUACGACAGGAAUUGAUACGUUUCAACAAAUUAUUGUCAGUUAUAAAAAAGUCAUUAGCGGAAGUACAAAAAGCUAUUAAGGGUGUAGUUGUUAUGUCUUCUGAUUUAGAAGAAUUGCAUACAAGUCUUUUCAUUGGACGAGUGCCAGUUAACUGGAUUAAUUGUUCAUAUCCAUCUUUAAAACCAUUAGGCGGUUAUGUAGCAGAUUUAUUGCAAAGACUAAAAUUCUUACAAGACUGGCUGGAUAAUGGCAUGCCAGAAGUAUUUUGGAUUUCUGGUUUUUAUUUUACACAGUCUUUCGUAUCGGGUGUGCUACAAAAUUUUUCACGCAAAAAUAAAAUACCUAUAAAUAAACUUGGAUUUGAGUUUGAUGUAACUAUAUAUGAACCGAACAUUGAAUUGAUGGAAAAUCCCGAAUGGAGAGUCUACUAUCAGGACAAAAUGGAUAUUGAAGAAUUCAGCGUUUUUGUAAAGGGUUUAUUUUUAGAAGGCGCUAGAUGGGAUCGAGAAUUACAAAUAUUAAAUGAGUCCUAUCCAAAAAUUCUUUUCGACACUCUUCCAAUAAUUUGUUUCAGGCCGGGAAUUAAAUUGCAGUUUGAGAAAAAAUCAUAUUAUGAUGCUCCAAUCUACAGGACAAGUGCUCGUCGAGGUGUUCUUUCUACCACAGGCCAUUCUACUAAUUUCGUGAUGUUAAUGGACUUCUUAAUCGAUCGACCGAGAGAUCAUUGGAUCAAACGAGGCGUCGCUUGCUUGUGUCAAUUAGACAAUUAAAUGCCUACAAAAUAGUUUUAUUUGUAUUUUUUUUUUUUUUUUACUUUAAAAACAUCAAAUAAUAUUAUGUUAUUAUUAUAACGAAUAUCUUUAUUUAGGUAACGUAUUCUCACUAUUUAAAUAUUAAAAUAUUAAAAUUUUUUUUUCUCACUAUUUUCGUCCUAUACUAACGAGCCAGAAAAACUAUAAGAGUAUAAUCGUGGUGGUUAGCAGCUCUUUAUAUCCACAAAUGUAUACCUAUAUGUAUAUUUUUGUACAUGGUUGUCGUUAUUUUUUAAAAUGAAGAGUUGGUUUAGCUAUUUUGUAAAUAAUUUUCCUUACUAUUUUUUUUUUUUCAUGAAGACGUACCUACUCAG